AUUUUGAGAAUUUUCAUAAAGCUUAUAAUUAGGGACUGAUCACUAAUAUUUUAAUUAUGUCUGACUCUAAUUCAAUUACUGUUACAGUCUUACCAGCUAUUGGAGAUGGAACAUAUAAAAGGUGUAUUUAUAAGGCAGCAGCAACAGGGGAUUGGAAAAAAGCUUCAUUAUACAAUAAAAUGAAUCCUAAUUGGACAAAUACUCCCUUAACUAUGGAUAAAGACACAGCUCUUCAUAUUGCAGUAAAAAUGGAAAAAAUUAAAUUUGUGACAAAGUUGGUCCAACAUAUAAGCAAAAAAGACAUGGAAAUUCGUACGGCUGAUGGGAAUACUGCAUUUUGUUUAGCUGCAAUUUCAGGGAAUGUAAAAAUUGCCAAAAUUUUAUUUGAAAAGAAUCCAAAUUUGAUAUGGAUUAAAGGAUAUGAAGAAAAGUUACCAAUUGAAUUGGCAUUCUUAGCUGGUCAAUUUCAUAUGGUGAAAUUUUUAUUUGAGAGGAUUGAAGAUGAUAUGCACAAUAAUAAUAAUAAUAUUAAUAAUAUUAAUUUACCCUUUAAAGAUAUAAUAAAGCUCUUUUUCUUGACUCUUAGCAGCCAUAAUUACUGUGGAGCAUGGAGUUUGUUGGUAAAGAUUCCAGAACUUGGUCGUACAGAAAAUGAAAAUGGCCUAACUGCCUUGCAAUUACUUGCUCAAUCAUCUUUUGAAAAAAAGGCUCCUCGUUACAAAGAUCUUAUAAGUUUGUUGUUCGAUGGAAUUGAAGAGGAAGAAGAUGAGUUUCUACAAUAUAAAAAAACAUCAAAAAUAAUGUUUGAUGCAGCACAAGUAGGAAACACCUUAAUUUUGGAAUAUAUUUUCAGUUACGAUCCAAAUAUGUUUAUGGAAGUAAAUAAUGAAGGGCAAAGCAUACUUCACAUAGCUAUUUUAAACCGACAAGAAAGUGUGUAUGAUCUAAUAUUGAGUAAGGGUUCAUACAAGAAUGUUUUAGUGCAAAUUGUUGAUCGCGGAGGAAACAAUGUUCUUCACUUGGCUGGAAAGCUAAUUGCAUCUGAAGGAAGAUUAGGAUCACCACAAUUACAUCAAGAUCUUAUUUGCAAAGAAGAGAAAUGGUUCAAGGAAGUGGAGAAGAUUAUCCCUCCAAUAUUAAAAAGAAAGAAAAAUAAAGAUGAUAUGAUUCCAGAAGAAAUAUUUUAUAGAGAACACAAAGGUUCUUCCGAAAAAGCUGUAAUUGAAGUGAAUAAAACAGCAGAUACAUGUUUAGUUGUGAUAUCAUUUAUAAUGACUUUAGGGAUAACAGGGGCCCUAUCAAUUCAAAAUAAUAAAAUUAGUGAAAAUACUCAUUUUCUUAAUUCCAACAAAUGGUUCAAAGUAUUUAUUUUAUCAAUUGGAUGUGGAGUGAGCUUGUGUGCAACAUCUAUGUUUCUCCAAAACUCAAUUGUGCUUCCAUCAACAUGGACAAAAAAACAUGGUUAUGUCACAACUAGAUUAUCUAGGAUGACACUUGGAUAUUUGUCCCUAUAUUCUGCUUUUCCUAAUAUUUUUAUGCUUUCUAUUUUUGCGGGUGCCGUUUUGAUAUAUAGUUUUUUUCCCACUUGGGUCUUUUAUGCUAUUGAUGUAUUUAAUGCUAUUCCAUUUGUCUUGUAUAUUAUUAUUUUCUAUUAUCCUUUAUCUAUUUAUGUGGGCUCUAAACUAGCCUCCUACCACAAGGUGCUGCUACAAUUAUGUCAAAGUAGAUGAUGAUACAAUGUGAGAGUGGUCCUUUUUAAUUACUUGUGUUGGAUUUUUCAAAUUGGACAAUAUUGUACUUUGUGACA